AUGAAACAGCACCUUGCGGGAGUAAAAGGUAAUGUUUGUGCAUGUCCGAAUGUACCGGGGGAUGUCAAAGUUCUUAUGCAAGGUAAUUUGGAGGAAAAUAAUAUAAAAGCAAAGGAGAAGUGUGGUUGUUCUUCGGGAAUACGUAUUAAUUUGGAUGAAGAUGAAGAAGUACAAACACAAACAACUAAAACGAGCAAGAUGAAAGCUUUUUCAAACUUGCAAUCAUUCUUUAAACGAGGUAUAAAUGAUCUUUCUCAACCUUCGAUUAAAUCUUCUAUGCAAAGUAAAGAGAGAUCACAUGAUACGGAUAUGGCUCUUGCUUUGUGGUUUUACGAUGGUUGUAUUCCUAUGAAUGCUGUGAAUUCUCCACUUUUUACAAUUGCUAUGAGUAAGAUAGCUAGCAUGGGGCAUGGGUACAACGGACCUUCUUAUCAUGAUAUACGUGUUAAUUUGUUGAAAGAUGCAAAACAAUCGGUGCACCUUAUUGUUGAGUCUUAUCGAAAAAAUUGGUCAGAAAUGGGUUGCACAAUUAUGAGUGAUGGGUGGAGGGAUACUAGGCAUAGACCACUUAUCAAUUUUCUAGUUUAUUGCUCAAAAGGAGUAUCUUUUAUCAAAUCUGUGGAUGCAUCUGAUAUUGAAAGUAAUGCGCAAACGCUAUGCAACUUGUUUUCUGAAAUAGUUGAAAUAAUUGGUCCUAAGAAUGUUGUUCACAUGGUUACUGAUAAUGCUGCUAACUACAAAACUGCUGGAAAAUUGUUAUGUGAGAAAUAUCCUUCUGUUUGUUGGUCUCCUUGUGCUGCGCAUUGUAUAAACUUGAUUAUGAAGGAUAUAGGAGAGUUGUCACAUGUUGAUAGCUUAAUUACUCUUGCUUCAAGGGUUACUGUUUUUAUUUAUAACCACAAGUGGCCGUUGAAUUGGUUGAGAAAAAGACCUGGGUGGACAGAAAUCAUUCGUCCUAGUGCCACUCGUUUUGGUACCGCAUUUAUUGCAUUAAAGAGCUUACAUGACCAUAAAAAUGAUUUACAAGCUAUGGCCACCUCUAAUGAUUUUAAGAAAGUCAUAAAAUUGCCAAAAUCCAUGGAAGUUAAGCUUAUAAUUCUAGAUGAAACUUUUUGGAAGAAUUGCUUGAUCUCGGUGAAUGUGAUGGCUCCAUUGUUGAGACUUCUGCGUGUUUGUGACUCGGAUGAGAAACCUUCUUUGGGCUAUGUGUAUGAGGGAAUGUAUCGGGCGAAAAAUGGCAUCAAAAAACUAUUUCGAUUCAAAAAGGAUUUAUAUAGGCUGUAUACCAAUAUAAUCAAGGCUAGGUGGGAUAGGAUGUUGAGAAAGAGUCUACAUGCUACAACUUAUUGGUUAAAUCCAAUCUUUCAAUAUGAUCAAGAAACCUUUUGCCAAAAAGUAGAGGUUUUUUCAGGGGUCCUUGAGAUGGUUGAGAAAGAGUCCCGUGAUGUUGGUUUGAAGGUCACGAUGCAACUCAUUAACUAUUGUGAGCAAACUGGAACAUUUGGUUCGACCACUUGCAAUAGCUUCUCGAAAGUGUACUUGUAA